AUGCACUAACUAAGCUACUCCGAUACUGGUCUUCGCUCGUUGGACACGAUCGUGCUAAAAUGCUAAGAAUUGACACGCAUACAGUAGAAAAGCUCCAACUGCUGGCACCCGGAGACUCAUCAAAAGACAAAACUACAGUUAAAGGCCUUGUACACAGCGGGGAAGUCUUUUCAAAUUUCACGGGAUCAGAACGGUCUUCGAUUUGGAAGCGAUUGAAGAGGACAGAUGGCAUCAUUCCAUCUCUGUAUACAUUCUUCAAAGAUCUCUGGUACCUAGAAUCAUGUGCCAAUUGCAUCAAACGACUUAUCACACCUUCUAGAUCAUGCCCAACUAUCAGAACUGCUAUGCGCGCGGCCUUUUCGACUUUCGAUCCCGCCCAUACGCAGUUUUUGAUACAGACAUCCGAAACUGGGCUUCGGUAUUAUUCGCACUCUCAGGGGGAUCCUGCCGAACUUGGUUACCGACAGCUGUGGCUCUAUGCUAUGCGUCAUUAUCCAAGGUUGUCCAAACCAGCACAGAAGAUAGAUCCUACGGCGAAGUCUACCAACGAGGUGGUGGAUCCAGUGAUACUGUAUGACAUGGCCAUACUUGCAAAAAAGCUUGGAUUUCAAUCGCCGCAGAUUCAGCAGCUCAUCCAGCAGUCGCCGGAUCGGAAAAUUGCACAAGAUGCCCUUUUGAGAGCUCGUCGGCCAGAUCGUUAUCGAUAUAACGAGGAAGAGGCUGAGUUAUUGAUCAACAAAGUCACUGAGUGCUUCUUGAGGGCGAUCCCACUUGACCAUCAGCUUUCCGUGCAAAGCAUUGGUGGAAGGGAAACCAAAAGGGAGUCUCGAUGUGGACAUCCGCAAAUCCAGGCACAAUUGCAUGAUUGUCAGUUUCUUUUCAUUGACAAAAUUCAUGGUGACUCCGUCAAAGAGGAACGGAAGGCGACUUCCAUUUUGGUGAGGAGGAGUGUCUACUUCACUUUUUUCAGCAAGUUGUCAAUGCCCAUCGUGAAUGGCGACACAACAGGCGCAUCGCCAACUACUGACUUGCCGAUGUCACCGCUUUUUGUCCCGGGUGGUCGCUCGCCGCAAGAUGAAAUGGUAGACAGAGGAGCUGAAUGGGAAAGCAAGUUAGAUCAGCAACGCUCGCAAGACGCUCGUCGAGAGCGGCGACAGCAGAGGCGAGCGGAGAAGUUAAAGAGACGACAACAACGAGAUCGGAAAAGGCAACAAUCCUCACAUUCCGAUCAUCAUUCGAUGUCUCCUUCGAGAAACUUGUCGACAUUACCUCCCGAGUCUGAUAUGGAAAUUGAGCGCACUAUUUCGGACGGUAGCGGUGUGGAAGAGGCAUUGGAUCCUACAGUCGAGACUGAGUCCGAAAUAUCUGGAAUUGAGCGGGGUCUUCCUGACAUAGAACCGUCCAGAGCGGACGAACUCGAGCACCGUGAACCCAUUCCGGGGGAGCAACCUUUCAGCGAAAAUGAAGAGUCAGAAGGUCAUUCUGAGUCAGGAUUUGAGGACGAGCAUCCACGAAGAGGGAGUGAAGGGAGAAUGAGUAGGAAGGAGUCCCUGGAAGAUGCCAGCAUGGAAGAGCAUGCAAGUGAACAAGAGAACGAAGGGGCAGAAACAGCGCAGCUUUCUCCGUCGGAAGAAGUUCGAAAGGCACUGGACAGAUUAGAAGGACGUCGGCAAUCUAGAAACGAAUCGGGACCUUCUAGGGCUAUGGGAGGAAAGGGUGUGGCAUUGCGAGAGAGGGCGAAGUUUAAACCGUAUGACCAGACAGAGCGGCGCCGACAAACCACAAAGCUGUCCAUGCCGCCCCAGGAAACUCUGGAGCAGGAUAUAAACGCACUGCUACAGACAGAUGCUCAACAACAGACACCAAGACCUAUUACUGAGAUUAAUUUCCUCGAGGCGCAGAAUCCUCCUCCGUCAGGAAUGAACGAAGAGCAGAGUUCAUCGCCAGCGGGUAGUCAAGACGGCCCGACUCAGGACCACCAACAGGCGGGGGAAGAAAUAUCAGGGUCAGUCGCGUUUGAGCCGCAGCCAGAAAUGCCGGGCGCUAUCAAUGGGAACCCCAGACGCUAUGGGAUGACGAAUAUCCAGUCGGAGCGGGAAUCACGGCGGUCGGAGUCUGUAACCCCCCGCACAUCGCCGGACGUUCAGGUUAUCGCAGAUGCUACGCAACAGGGCACUGUGACGGAGCGUCCGGCGUUAUCACCAGCGCGAGAGACUUCCACACAGGCCGGUCCGCGCUCACGAAUGGACAUGGCAAAGUCAGAGAAGCGGCCUGAGGAGCGAGACAGGUCUCCGCGACGUGGAGGCGCAAGCGGUGCGACCAAAGGAUCGAAGGUGACAAUCAUGUUCCGCGCACGUGACGCACAUGGCGAUUGGAAUCGCUUAGUCCACAAAAUGGACGUCGACCCGUUGGACCCGUCUCCAGUGGAGCGGAUGGCAGCUAAGCAGGCGCGAGCACACAGGGCGACCUAUUACGACCAAGAUCUACGGCAGGUAGCCCCUGGGCAGUGCUUCGAUGCGGCGAUCCAAGAUGGCACGAACACGGUUUUCAUGACAUUCGGCGACGAUCUGACUGUAAGUGAAGCGACGAUGGAUUCGAUCACACGGGCACUCCAAGCCGAGCUUCAUGAUGAUGGGCCGGCGAAACGCAAGCAGCGAAAUUGA